UGAACGGAUUGUUUCUGUCUAUGUAGUACUUGCUUGCUUCUUGAAUGCGAUCUUCGUGAUCCUGCGUGGCAGCCCCUUUCGCUGGCUCCAGAUGCGUGACGCGACGCCGCAGUCCCUACCCAGUCAGUCAGCUCGGAUGAAUUGAAGGGGCCAUGAGGCUCCUCUCCUGUCUCGAAAGAUCCGUUACAGAGUGCCGUUGCAUGUCUCCGUUCACGUUGCGAUUGAGAGCUCCGUUGUCGUCGAACUAACUGUUCGUCUCUCUCUUCCUUCCUUCCUCGCCAGAGCGUGUGUUGACAGACGCUAUUUUAUUAACCUGUGGUGCGCUCUCUCGCUGACCGCAAUGCUUAUGGGUAUUCGUUGUGUGGAGUUUUGAGGGAACGACUCAGCGACGUCGUUGGUGCAUUUUGUGGGACGGGAAGAGGUUUUCGUUGACAGUUUCUGCACACAGCGGGUGGAUGUAGGAUAUUUCACGAAAUUUUAAAGUGGGUUUUUCAGAAGUACCGUGAUUUAUAUGUGUCGAAGAUUCUCAAGGUCGGCUUAAAUGUGUGGGUUCAAAAAAGAGUAAUGUAGAUUCCUGAUGUAGCCGUGUAAAUGAAAUGGAUCCCAAGGGUUGAGCAUUUUGAAGGAGACUUUGACGAAUAUUGAGUGCACAGAAGAACAGCUGCACUUGAAGUCCAGCUGUAAGAUGUGCGAGAAAAAGUAAUGCACGGAAAUACAUGUGCAGCAGAACCCACAUUGAACAAUGGGAGUGAGGGGAGGAUUUUGGGAUGAGCUCCGGGUUGUUUCAAAGAGGAAAUCGCUCGACUGGUUGCAUGGGAAACGGCUUGCUGUAGACCUAUCGUAUUGGGUAGUCCAGCAGCAAACAGCUGUGGGUGGCCUCGUCCGAAAGCCUCACCUUCGUAUCCUCCUCUUUCGUGUUGUGAACCUCAUUUCUCGAGCAGGGGUUCUACCAGUGUUUGUUGUCGAUGGCACUUUUCCUCCAGAGAAGCUUGCUGUGCGCAUGGAGAGGUUGACCCUUAUGUCAACUUCAAACAUUCUGCCGAAUCCACAGGAAUUUGUGACAGGAGAAUCUAACAUCGCAUGCAAUAAUGGCUUUCAACGAAGAAUUGACGAAUGUGUGGAGCUUUUAGAACUGCUGGGAAUGCCGGUACUGCACGCAGCCUGGGAGGCAGAGGGAUUAUGUGCUGAACUUGAUCGCGAUGGUUUGGUGGAUGCUUGCGUAACUGCUGAUAGCGACGCCUUUUUGCAUGGAGCGAGAUGCGUCAUUAAAGUGUUGCAAAUGGAUUCGAAGGUUCCAAUUAUAGAGACAUAUGAUGCUGAAGAUAUCAAGACCAUUCUUGGUCUUGACAGGGAGCAUAUGAUUGCAUUAGCUCUAUUAAUGGGCUGUGAUUACAACAAGAAGGGAGUUGUGGGGAUUGGAUGCAAUCGAGCUAUACGACUUGUUCGCUCCGUUUCCAGUAAUAAGGUUUUUGAUAGAUUGAAAGAAUGGGGUGGAGGGGAACACACACCAGAUUGUCUUCUGGAUUUUGAAGACGACAAUAGUGAGGCGAAUGGGGAUCAAAAUGAUGAAGGCAAAAGUUCUUGCAGAAAACCUGAUUCCGUUAACACCUCAAUGUCAACGAAGAAAAGUCUACGUCAUUGUGGUAAUUGUGGGCACCUAGGUACCAGGCGAGAGCAUAUUGUAGCUGGCUGUACAUUUUGCAAGGGCGUUGCUGAUAGAACGGAGGCUACAGAGUGGGGUUGUUUGCAAAAAGAAAAGGGCUUCCAAUGCGCAUGUGAGGCUUGUGUAAAACAAUUUUGUAGUCAGCAAGACCAUGAUUUGAGCGGAAGUCUAAUGCAGAAAAAAAAGUCGAAAAAAAGUACACGACAGAAAAACUGGUGGGUUAAGUGUUGCGAUAAGAUGGCAAAGAGUGAUGGGUUUCCUAACGAGGACAUCAUUAAUAUUUUCUUGCGGCCUGGUUGUAGUAAUUUCGCAGGAGAAGGUUCACCCUCAUCUUUGAUUAAGUGGCGCAUCCCAAAGAUGGAGCUUCUGGAAGACUUCUUGCAUAUAAAUUUGCACUGGGACACCUCAUUUGUGCGCCAGCGCAUGCUCCCACUCCUCUCCACCAUUUGUCUCAAAGGAUUGGCAGCAAGAAAUCAGAGCGAGGCCAAGAUGUGGAAUGACUAUCCGUUUGAAAACACCAUCCUUGGGCGAUUCAUUCCUCACUCCAUUAAACGCAUUAAAGUGGAAAAAUCCAGAGAGUUUUACUUGUUACAAUGGACAAGUUUGGCGAGCUCAACAGGGUGCAACUGGCUUGGCAACCAGACCAAGAACAGCUCCCAGGAGCAGACGUCAGUUUCCUUGGGGAACUUGACAGAUCUUCUCCCAGACACAGAUUGUGAUAUUAACCAAACCGUAGAUGUGGAUACCAUUCCUAUAGAGGCCGAGCAAGGUAACGAUGAGGUUGUAUUUGCAACUGUUGAGGACAUAAACCUGGUGGAGGCCGCGUGUCCAGAGCUUGUGGAAGCAUUCGAACAAGAGCAGGCGGCGAAGGAAGUGGCGAAAGCAACAAGAAAAAGGACGAAACGUAAAGAAAGUGAGCAAGAGAGUAGUUCAAGCCAGCAAAGCAUCAAGGACUUCUUCAAAGUGAGGAAGGGAUCAAUCAUAACAACUCCUAGGAGCAAGUCCUCGUCUGAUGGUUCUGUCUCCUCUGAGCACUUCCCAAAACAUCCACUACCGACCGAUGGAUUAGCCUCACCCGCCCAAAUCAGACUUCCAGAUACCAAUGUCAAUGGGUUGCGGAGAAAUUUAUUUUUCUAACAACGCUCAAUAUUUUGAGGAUGCGAAAAACGUAGCCAGCGUACGUGUACAUGCCGAACUUACAGCUCUCACUGGGCCAAGAGAACAUUUUGAUAUCCAAGUAAAUACGCAGACAAGUACUUCAUUAGUACAUCAUCUCAGGGCUUCUUAAUUCGCCUUGGUCGGGUGGUUAAGGCGUAUGUUUGAUCAGGAAAUCGCCUACUACUGGAACCAUUUUUGAGGAUCUGCUCUAGACAUAAGACAACCUUAGUGAAAGACAACCUGCAGUGGAGCACUUUCAGCAAGGAGCUUACAUUGACAUCAGAGGAAGUGCCAGGUUCCAGAAACUUUCUUUCUCCUCGUUUAUUCUGAUUCCACUGUUUUCAAUAUGCAGAUGUAGUGGAGGAGCAGACUAAGGAAAUCACGUGGAGUCAAUUAGAAUUGUACAGAACUUUACACGUGUGUAACAUCGACACAGGAUAACUAAUUCUUUUUGAAGGUAUUGAGUGCUGCCUUGGACAGCAAAUUUGUAGAGGUUGUAACUCAUAACUGAAUUGGACAUACGAAGCAAAUGAUGCUUUGACCAACUUAUCCCCUGA